AUGAAAUCUGCCAAGCUAUUGAUGACUACGACAGGAAUGUUGGACGCUCGGAACCCUGAGGAUGCCGCAUUCUUGAAGGAAUACCAUAAUCCGUUCCUGCCCGCAUCUGGUCGUCAAGCAUUGAAAGACAGAUAUGAACAGACCUUCCGCCAACGGGAGAGCGCAUUUGAGGCGAGCGGGGAGUUUCCGCCUGGGGGAUACGCACGCAUCUUGAUUGGUGACAGCGUCGUCCGCGUUCAGACCCAUGGUGGCCUCUCGGCGGCGGAUGCCAAUGGUGUCGUGAGGUCGGGUUUGUAUACGUACGUGACAACUGAACCAACGCACGUCUAUGACGGUGGCGCAUUACAUUAUCGACUCGAAGUCGCAAAGGAUCAUGUGAUGAGUGGCGUCUACGGUGUCGGGAAAAGCAAUUGGAAAACUAUUGACCGUUCCAACGUCCUCUUUGGGGAACUCAUGUGGCCCAUCGAGAUUGAUGUGGCGUAUGCGAAAGAUGCCUUCGUGAACGCGAAGCUGCGGGGAGAAUCCCCCACACUCUGCUAUUUGAUGAAUACUUGUCUCAAAAACAACCUUCGCUUUUGA